GCCGGGGGGGGGGGAGCUGCCGGAUCGCUCGCCGAGGGCCGGGUUUCUGCUGACGCUGAGCGCACACACCUAUCCCAUGAUGCUGUUUCUGACGUCUCUCGCCUUUCCCCUCCCCAAGCAAAGCAAGGCAGGGUUCGUCGCCUGGUGGUAAGGAGCAAGAAGCCUUUGUUUUUCCAUUCCGGCUCUGCUCUUGGGGAAGACGAAACCGCUUUCUUUGGCUUCGAGGCGAGCCGGGAGCUCCGGGAAGAAUCUCGCCACCAUGGCCGCGUCCAUGAGGCAGAGGUUCGACAAGUUCCUGCACGAGAAGAACUGCCUGACCAACGUGCUGGGGAAAAUCGAGAGCAAGACUGGCGUGAACAGGUCUUACAUCGCCAUUGCCAUUGUUGCCGUGCUGGCCAUCUAUCUGGUGAUCGGCUAUGGAGCAUCCCUGCUUUGUAACCUGAUCGGGUUUGCUUAUCCUGCAUACAUCUCCAUCAAGGCCAUUGAAAGCCCUAACAAAGAUGACGACACACAGUGGCUGACCUACUGGGUUGUGUAUGGCAUCUUCAGCAUAGCAGAAUUUUUCUCUGAUAUCUUUCUCUCCUGGUUCCCUUUCUACUACAUGAUGAAGUGUGGAUUUCUGUUAUGGUGCAUGGCUCCAAGUCCCUCAAAUGGAGCAGAACUUCUUUACCACCGAAUUAUCCGCCCUUUCUUUCUGAAGCACGAGGCUCAGCUGGAUAAUGUAGUAAAGGAUUUGAAAGACAAAGCUGCAGAGACAGCAGACACCAUUACUAAAGAAGCUAAAAAAGCAACAAUAAAUUUACUGGGCGAGGAGAAGAAGAGCACUUAAAUCAGUUAACUGGGAGAUAAGUUUCCUUAUCUUUUCCCUUAUGCAGCUUGAUGUUGUUGGGGACCGUGAUAUAGUAAUUUGAAUAAUGUUGCCUUGUAAACAUUUUUUAUUUUAUUAAAGGAAUGUGUUGUAAGAUUGCUUGCUUUUGCAGUUCUCUGUAUUGAAAGUAAGCAUUUUUAUUUAAAACCAGUGCAGUGGGUAGCAUCUAAAGCUUACACAGAUUAGUUUGUCCAUCUUCCAAGCUGAGAUGGGAGAUGUAAGUACCGUCUUGUCUUGCAGUUAACGUAAACUUUAAAUAAAAUAUGCUCCAGGCUCUGACCAUUACACUUUG